ACUAGACCAACCUACUUCUGAUUAUACAUCUCAAUCCUUUCACUAAAAUCACCAUCAUGUCAACAAACUUUCUCAAAAGAAUGAAUCAAAUAUCACGUACUGGUUUACUUUUAUUCAUCUCCAUCACCCUUCUCUCAGCUUACUUCCUAUUCCCUUCUUCUCACAAAACCCCUUCAUUCCCUACUUUCCCAAAGGAUGAAUACGUUUAUCCUCUCGCUCAACAUGUCCAAGAACAACAAAGACCGAAAAGAGUGGGUAUUGUUGGUGCUGGUGCCAGUGGGAGUGCGGCUGCUUUCUUUUUGAGAAGAGCGGGGAAGGUAGUGAAGGAUAGAAUUGGGAAGGAAGUUUUAGGUGAGAUUGUGGUUUUUGAGAAAGAGGAUUAUGUUGGUGGACGAAGCACAACAGUUUUCCCACACUCUGACCCCCGUUACCGUCCCAUAGAACUUGGCGCUUCCAUAUUCGUCGAAGCCAAUCGUCAUCUAGUCAAAGCUGCAAAGAAAUUCAAUCUCACAACUAUCGAUCCAGACUUUGGAGAAGCAGGUGUAGGUAUAUGGGACGGUACUCAAUUCCUAUACACCACCUCUACCAAACAAUCUUAUUUCUCCUCUUGGCUCGACACUAUCUCCGCCAUCAGACGAUACGGUUUUUCGUCUCCUUAUAGAACCGACAAAUCCGUCAAAGUCUUGUUGAAGAAGUUUGCGAACCUUUAUAAUCCUCUUUGGCUCGCUGAGAAGGGUGCACCGAGUAGUAUUGAGGAUUUCGCUGAGAGGGCUGGACUGGGAAAGGAGUACACUACUAGAUGGGGGGAGGAAUAUGCUUUGAAGGUUGUGGGUGUGGGAGAGAAAUGGGAGUCGGAGAUCUGGGAGGGGAGUACUAGAGUUAAUUACGCAUCAGACAUGUCAGAUAUUCACGCCUUGGGAGCUUCAGUAUCCAUGGCCACCGGUGGUGCUAUGGCUGUCCAAGGUGGUAAUUGGCGUAUCUUUCAAUCCAUGUCAGAAGACUCCAAAGCGACCGUUCAUCUCGGUACUCAAGUGGUCGAUAUCAUACCCCUCCAAGAUGGUCGAUUUGACAUCGUGACCAAUACAACCGAUAUUGUCAGCGCUUCGUCCGAAUCAUUUGACCAAAUCUUUUUCGCUGCACCAUGGCAUUCCUCUCCCAUCAACAAAGAUCUUCAAUCACAAUUCCACGAACCGAUUCCGACUCAGAAAUACGUUCAUCUUCACGUAACGUUGAUCGGUACUACUCGUCGACAUGCUUCCCCAGAAUUCUUCGGUCUUCCCUCAACCACCACCAUCCCUUCUACGAUACUCACCACGGGUCAUACUUCUCGAAAUGACAAUACCCCGCCUCCCUUAUUCCAGAGUAUCACGUGGCAUGGAGAGACCGCACCGGGUUCAGGAGAGUAUGUGGUGAAGAUAUUUUCGUUGACUUAUCUCAAAGAAAGCAUUUUGAGUGAGUUAUUGGGAGAGGAACCUACUUGGGUGUUGAGGAAAGAAUGGGAUAGUUAUCCAAAGUUGAAGGUGACGGCUACGUAUGCGCCUGUGGAGCCAAUGAGAGGUUUGCAGUAUUUGGCUGCUUUGGAACCUUGGGUCUCUACGAUGGAAACGCAGACUAUAUCAGCAAGAGAUGCCGUGGCUAGGGUGGUGGAAGACUGGUGGGGAUUAGGAAUGGGAGAAUGUCGGGGUGGGGUAGAUUCUUGGGAUUGGUCAUGUGACCCUUAGUAAACCCCUUCGUUCCUCUGGUCGAUAAAACGAAGAGCCAGAAAGAUAUGACGAGAUCUAUGAUAUGAUGACAUCUUGUAUGAUUUGUGAGCUAGAAUGACAAUGCAUGUGUAAUGAUGAA